AACUCCACGUCCCGGGGGGGGGGGCGAAGUGGUUAAGGCCAGAAUCCCGGCUGCAGCUGCCGCUGUCCCUGCCCCUUCCCCUUAGCGUCACCGCUGGACUCCAUCAAUAAUGCAACGCUGAGUUCUGGGGAGACGGCAGGGGGCCCCCCCGGGCCGCUCCCCUAGCCCUGGCUCGCACUCCACACCCUCCUCCCAGCUCGGGGAGAACACGCUUCUCGAUGCUCAUUGGCCGCUUUCCCCUAAGCCCUCCCUCCAAACGCCUGGGCGCCAGUCCCUGGCAGAGAGGACGGGCUGGGACCCCAGGGUUGGGACCCGUGGGGUGCAGCCAGUAGCAGCAGAGGCGCGGAGAGGAAGAAGGCAGAGGAGGGGAGAGACAGAAACUGGUGGAGCAAGGCCGAGGGCAGCCCGCCGAGACCCAGGGAGAGCUCAGGCCGGGAGCCGGAGCCCCGCUCCCCAAACCGGUAGCGCGCAGCCAAGGCGCGGGGACCCUGAGCCCUGGCCUGGGACCCUGAGCCGGGCGCUGCAGGAGAGCCCUGCUGCCCAGCCCUCCCGGCCCUCGCGCGUUCCCCUCGUGGAGCGCGGGAUUUUCCUGGGUGCGGGGAUAGUGCUCCCCCUCCUCCUGCGCGCAGCACGCGCCACCCGCAGCUCCGGUCAGCCGAGCAGGGCUCAGCCACACAUCCCAGGAGCGCGCAGCCGCCUGCCAUGGACCCCAAGGACCGCAAGAAGAUCCAGUUCUCUGUGCCCGCGCCCCCGAGCCAGCUCGACCCCCGACAGGUGGAGAUGAUCCGGCGCCGGAGACCAACCCCUGCCAUGCUGUUCCGGGUCUCAGAGCACUCCUCGCCAGAGGAGGAGGCCUCUCCACAUCAGAGAACCUCUGGAGAGGGGCACCACCCAAAGUCGAAGAGACCCAACCCCUGUGCCUAUACUCCCCCAUCACUGAAAGCUGUGCAGCGCAUUGCGGAGUCCCACCUGCAGACCUUCAGCAACUUGAGUGAGAACCCGGCCUCGGAGGAAGAGGAUGAGUUAGGGGAGCUUCGGGAGCUUGGGUAUCCACGAGAGGAUGAAGAGGAGGAUGAGGAGGAGGAUGAAGAUGAGGAUGAAGAAGAAGACAGCCAGGCAGAGGUCCUGAAAGGCAGCAGGGGCACUGUGGGGCAGAAGCCUACUUGUGGCCGGGGUCUGGAGGGGCCCUGGGAGCGCCCACCUCCUCUGGAUGAGCCGCAGAGAGAUGGAAACUCCGAGGACCAAGUGGGAGGCAGAGCAACACUAAGUGAGCCGGGAGAUGAGCAUCAGUGCUCCAGCCCCCCUGAGCCUGGCACAUAAGCCCAGAGCCCUGUAUCUCGCAAGAGGAAGUGCUCCUGAGAAACCCACUCUGUCCCCACCCUCCUUUGUACCCUGUCUUUCACCUGCUAGGGCUGCGGCUUCUGACUUUUAGAAGACUAAGGCUGGUCUGUGUUUGCUUUGGCUGAAGCCCAGAGUCCCCAAUGCCUUCCCCUGCCAGUCAUUCUUCUAUUUACCCGGUGGGAGGGGGGGAGGUGAGAGAGCCCACACUGGAAACCCCAGAAGGGCAUAAAUAAAUGUUCACCCUUCACAAGUCCCCUCUCCAGAUUCUCUCCCCUGGGCACAGGAGACCCACAGGGCAGGCCCUAAUAUCUGGGGAAAGGAGGCACUGAGAGCCUACAGGUGCCCUGAGAGCUCCUCCAUCCCCUCUUCCUGUGGUGGGCUUUGAGUCCCCAACCCUCUCCUAGACUUCAGCCAGGGCCUAGGCCUCAAGCAUUUCUUUUGCAGGGCCUCAACAUUCUGGAUGUCCCUCCCUUAGUGUCCCAUUCUUGCUGGGUGCCUGCAAGAUGGACUGGCAGAGGUUGCUUACUGCGUUUUGUUUGUGCUUCGGUGCCAGGAAUGCACUUACUCUAUGUCCUUAGAGGGGCCACACAGUGGGGGAGCCUGGUUCUCCUUGUCCUCCAGCAAUUUGGUUCCCUUUCCCGUCUUCCCUGACUCCAGGCCUGAACCCCUCCUAUGCUGUAAUAAAUCUUUGUAAAUAAUU